GUCCAUUAAUAAGAAGCCCAAGGCCCUGCAGAACCCCCUGCAGGGGAUGGAUGGGACACCCGAGAGCCCAGCAACCUGCAGCCCACCUCCCCAGAACCAGAACAGUUGCCGCCCAGAGGAGAAACCCCAGGAGUCAAGCCCCAUAAAGAGCCUCAUGGGCCCCCUUCAGCUGCUGGGGUCCCUGGAACCCUGCCCUAGUCUGGGCAGGGAGGGGGCGCAAUGCAGCCCAGAGAAUGGCAAAAUAGAGGACGGGGUUACGGGGGCUCCUAAGCCCCGCUGGAACUUUGAGCAGAUCUCCUUCCCCAACAUGGCUGCAGACAGCCGCCAUACCCUCCUGCUCGCCCCCGCUCCUGAGCUGCUCCCGGCCAACGUGGCUGGACGGGAGACGGACGCCGAGUCCUGGUGCCAGAGGCUCAACCAGCGGAAGGAGAAGCUCUCUCGGCGGGAACGGGAGCGGCAGGCAGAGGCCCAGCACUUCCGCGAGGAUGUGAACGCCGACCCCCAGGUGCAGCGCUGCUCCAGCUGGUGGGAGUACAAGCAGCUGCUGCAGAGGCGGCACCUGCAGAAGACCCAGAGCCGUCCCCCACAUCUGUGGGACCAGCCUGUCACCCCCUUGCUGAGUCCCGGUCAGGCCGACUCCCCAGCCUCAGUCCUUCAGCAGAUCUCUGUGCUGCAGACAGCGCACCUUGCUGAUGGAGGUGCCCGGCUGCUGGAGAAGCCCGGUGGCUUGGAGAUCAGCUUUGAUGUCUACCAGGCUGACGCCGUGGCCACCUUCCGAAAGAAUAACCCUGGCAAGCCCUAUGUCCGGCUGUGCAUUAGCGGAUCUGAUGAGCUGGUCCCAGACCUCCGCACCCUCAAGCGGUUGUCCUACCAGAGUGGGGAUGUCCCUCUGAUUUUUGCCCUGGUGGAUCAUGGAGACAUCUCCUUCUACAGCUUCAGGGACUUCACGCUGCCCAGGGAUCUGGAACACUGACCACCCAGCUGGGGUCUGCCCUGGGGGACCUGGACUGUCCACUCUCAGGGACCAUCGCAGUUGCCUCCUACACCCAGACUGUGACCUGUAGCUUCAGAGGCUAGUCUGGGCCUUGGCCUUGGGUGUCUGAUGCCCACAGGAGAGCAAAGCCUUGCCCCACUACCUGGCCGCUGCAGCACUUCCAAGCCCCAGGUCUGAGACUGCUGCCUUGCAGUAAUCCCCUUGGAAUUCAGGACUAGAUUCCAAGAGGCCAGUGAGGUGGGGCAGAAGAGAAGACUCUGUGCCUUUAAAUGAGAGUGUGCCUGCUUCAUGCGAUAAAGCCAAAGCCAUUAAAAAAUACAUAUAUAUAUA